GUGAUGUUGAUUUAUAGGUCUUGCACAGCGCUAAUUCCUUGCACAAGUAGUUGCAAAACAUCUCUAGUGACUGCCAAUGAUACAACGAAAUUAGCUGAGCCAUGUGGGCUAAACAUGGUAUGAUGCGAGCAUCCUGGCUCUAAAUCCACUUCCUUAUAAAAGAUUAGUUACCCAUGAAAAGUUAUUGCGUUAUUGUCCGACAUUCUCUUUGAAGAUCAGUAUUUUCUUUUACUUUCGUUCACUUUGUUUUACGAUGCGGCUACUCUCUAUAUAUCCCCUUUUCCUCCUGGGCAUCCAGUUCGCUUCGGCUCAAGAUGAUACAACGCCAAUGGAUGACCUCGCUGAACAAGCCAUAGAAAACAUCCUCUUAGACGAAGCUGCUAACUCCACGGGGGGCGGGUCCGUGGUCGCCAGAGCAGCGUCCUCAGUCAAUACAUGCAAAUUUAUCUACAGCGCAAAGAGGAUGGAAUGGGAUACUCUAACCAGCACUGCGAAACGUCACUAUCUGGAUUCCGUGCUUUGUUUGUUCAACAAACCUUCGAAAAAUGGCGCCCCUGGCGCAAGGAACCGAUACGAUGACUUUGUUGCGAUCCACAUUGCUAACACUCCGCAAAUUCACUUCACAGGAAACUUUCUCUCCUGGCAUCGAUACUUCAUAUGGUCAUAUGAGCAAGCACUUCAAAACGAAUGUGGCUACACUGGCAGUCUUCCAUACUUCGACUGGGCCAAGCACGCGAGCAACAUAAAGGCUGCCCCUCUAUUCGACGGCAGUAGCACCUCCAUAGGCGGCGAUGGUGACUUUAAGAAUCUUAGUGCUAUCUACCUUCCUUCAGUCUCUACCCCCUUCCAGGUCGUCCCGCAGGAGGGUGGAGGUGGCUGCGUAACGUCCGGUCCGUUCCGAAACAUAACAGUCAAUCUUGGUCCCGUGGACCCGGUCUUUGACGACGCUAUGCCAAACCCACAACCGGACGGCCUAGGGUACAAUCCAAGAUGUCUUCGGCGAUCACUUUUGAACUCCAUAGCAUCUGCAGGAUUGUCAGCAUCGAGGGUAGCCAGCCUUAUAUUACAAAGCUCGACUAUUGCGACGUUUCAAGAUCGGUUGCAAGGAAAUCUCAUACCUGGACCCGAUUACUUCCUGGGUGUUCACGCUGCCGGCCAUUAUCUUAUCAAUGGUGAGCCUGGUGGCGAUAUCUUUUCCAGCACUGCCGAUCCAUACUUCUUCCUGCAUCACGCUCAACUCGACCGUCUAUGGUGGAUUUGGCAAAACUUAAACCGGAAAACACGGCUAGACGCGAUUGCAGGUACCAUUACGAUGUUCAACAUGCCACCAAGUCGCGAUGCAGUGCUUGAUGACAUACUCGAUGUGGGCGUGGAUGGACCAAGUAUGCCGAUUCGGAGCGUAAUGGACACUCUUGCCGGGCCUUUCUGCUACAUCUAUUUCAUUUAAGGUUGCAAAGCACAUAGAACUGACUGGUAUCGGCAUCAUGAAGUGGUAACUGAAUGCCUUUUGUCCGCCCCACCGAAGUCUCAACUAUCCACUUCUUCACCAACCCUGCACAUAGUUAUACUAAUUUGUAAUUAUAAUAUGUGUUUAUCUCAGUUGGGACUCAGGCGGCAAUGGUGCCCCCUGGCCUCCGGUAACUGUUCAAUUGAUCUCUUCUGCUCCUCUUCAAGCUUGCUUAAAGGAAUCAACUGGAUGAC